UCCUUCCUGCAAAUAUACAAGUAGAAGAACAAACGCAGUCUUGCUCUACUUUAUACAUAUCUGUAUAUUCCACGCUCUCGCGCUCACCUACUUUCGCUCUCUACACUUCUCUCUCUAGGGUUGCAGAGCGGUGGGAAACGUACAGGUUCGAUCACAUUCCUCAUGUUUGUAUGAGUUCGUGUCCCUUGUGCUGAGAUCGUUCAUGUGAAAGACAGUUACCCAUAAGUUAAUAAUUUGUACUGGGUGUGUGAGAAAGAAUGGGGUCUGCAUGUUGUGUUGCUGCAAGAGAUGGAACUAUAACAAGUCAAACACCCAGUGAAGCUCUGCAGUGGCGCGUUCGACAUUCUCCAUCAUGGAGCUUUCUAUUGGAUAACCGUGGACGGGUAGCAGGUGAAGAGAUGUCAACUAAUAUUCUACUUAAUGAAGGUGGAGGCAAUGAUCGUUUGGAUGUUAAAUCUGCUACCACUGCAGAAACUGCAUUUGCUUCUGAGGAGGGAAGUUCAUUAGAUAGUUUCCAGUCACUUGCAUGUCGAAAGUCCCCAGUUUCUGAUGGAAAUGGUGGAAAUUUAAGGUUUCCAUCUUCUGAUCCACCUGUUUCACGGAAAACUAUUGAGUUGAAUGAACCCGCUGAAUCUGCAGCAGUAUCGUCCCCAUCUCCUGUUAAGCUAUCUCCUUCAGCCCCUUCAGUUUCGCCUGUGUUAACAUCUCCUUUGUCAUCCCACAGUCACAUGCUUCCUCCAAAGUUGACCCCUUCCAGGUGGAGUCCCCGUUCUCCUGGACAGCAGCUGUUACGACAAGUAUCUGACAGCCCAAUUACAGAAUACAAGUCGCGUACAUUCUCAAGUUCUGAAGAAGCAUCUUCUUUUGUUCUCCCUACUUGGGGCUAUGAAUCAACAAAAGGAUCGAAUGGUGGGUCAUAUGAUGGUUGGUCAAUUCCUCCAUUCUCUGAGCUCAUGAUGAAUCGGAAAGAGAGAUGGUCUUUUGAUAGUGAAAACUCUGGCUUCAGUCGGGACAAAAUAACCAGAUCUGCUGGACGAAAUUCAGGAUCUCCUUCUUUUGAUCUCCAAAGUUGUGGUGUUUGUGCAAAGCUUUUAACCGAGAGAUCCAUGUUGGGCAGCCAAAAAAUAAUAGCUACCAAUGAACUUGGUGUGGUUGCUGUUUUGACUUGUGGACAUGCUUACCAUGCUGAAUGCUUGGAGUAUAUGACACCUGAGAUCAACAAAUACGACCCGGCUUGCCCUGUCUGUACUUUUGGGGAGAAGCAGACCAUGAAGAUGUCUGAAAAGGCAAUCAAAGCUGAAUUGGAUUCGAAGGCUAGAAAGCGAUCUAGGAACCGUGUUGUUGAUAGUGAUAAUCUCAUUUUGUUUGAUCAUCAUAAAUGCCAUGAGAUUCAAGGAAGCGGUCCCAAAAUGAGUUCAAGUUCCAGCAUGAAAAGCUCAUCAGGAAUGCCUUUCUUGAGACGUCACUUCUCAUUUGGGACGAAGGGACAUAAAUCCUUGUCCGAUAAUUAUUCUACUCGAAGAAAGGGAUUUUUCUGGUCAAAAUCUAGCAAGGAAUGAACUUCUCGAUGAAUUUAAAGAAUUCUUGGGUGCAUAUGAGAAGAUCAGUCUCCAUGCUGAAGUUCUGGCUGGAUGUCUAAAACUUUCCUAUCCUUUUCUCUACAGAUUCUUCCACAGUUUCAUCUUUCUCUGUUGCCAUGUUUUGACAGUUAACACGAAUGAAGAUAUAGGAGAUGGUCAUCUUCGUAGAUGAUGGAUAUGGUAGUUGCUGGAGACAUUGUAAAGAAUUGGGGAUUAUAAAAAGUUGAAAGUUAAGUUCACUGUAUAGGAAAAGGAAAAUGAUAAGGUUGUCAAUUAUGAAAUUGGUUACAUAUUGUCAUGUAGAAUUGAAGCUUGAUUGUUUCACGUUCAAGUGCAUGAAAUUGGUCUUGGUGACCUCAUGUAUGGUGGUGAAAGCAUUAAUUCUCCCUUUGAUGGUUUGUUUCACUA